ACUCCUUUUAUUGCCAUGAGCACAACCCUCAGCUCAUAACACAAACAUACAAUUUUCUCCUUCUUCUUCUUUGGGGACACUAUCAAACACCUUUCUCUGAUCUCUCCACCUGCAACUCGCACCCAGUAGUGGUCUCUUAGCAGGCCUCUGUUGGAUGCUGUGUUGCUAAUUUCCUUGAUUUUCUUUGAGGUCAAGAAGAUUUCUUGCUAGAUCUUUCAUCGAUCAGCUCUUGGGAUGUCAUCUCUUGGCAAGAGCUUUCGCUUAUCUUCAUCUCUCAAUGAAGAGUUCAUGGUUACCAAGAAACAGGGCAUAGUGUCCAUUCUUGGUUCUGACUGCGAAAGAAGCAAAUCUGCAGCUUCUUUAAGGAGAACUCUUUCAGCUGAUAUGUCCUCCAAGAAAUGGCUAUCUCAACAUGGGUUCUCUCCACUCAAGAAAAUUGCCUCUUCUGAAGAAUUCCUAGUUUCCAUUGCAGACUCUUCAUCUUCAUCAUCGGAAGCGGAAGAAGAGUAUGACAAUGGAAGGCAGAAAGUGACCGAGCCUCGAGGACAAUUCGAGAUUUGGAGUUCAAUUCAACAAGACAAGAAGAACAAGGAAGAGCUCGAAAAGCCUGGUCAGUUUGACAUAUGGAGCUCAAUCUUAUCGCAGAAAGCACAAGAGGACAACAAAAAUCUUCCACCUCCUUAUAUUCACCCUCUCGUUAAAAGAUCAGCAAGUUCUUUGAGCGAGAAGAGCCUUGAAAUUUGUACUGAAAGUCUCGGAUCGGAGACUGGCUCUGAUGGGUUCUCUUCAUACCCUCCUUCGGAGACUGGUGACGCAGAGGAGGAGAAAGAAGAAGAACAAGAAGAGAAUAGGCUGGCCCAAAAAUAUGAGGAUAUGGAUGAUUGGCGCGUAUCCAAGUACAAUCUUGCAGCAGCUAGCAAGAAAUUGCCACAAAGAUCAUUCCCUCCGCCACUUCCGUCACUAUCUAAGCGUGAUGGAGCGUCCCUGCACAUGAGGCCUCGGCGUGAUAAUGGCCGCUUAGUUCUUGAAGCUGUCUCUGUUCCUUCACAGAACAACUUCAGAGCUGAACGCCAGGACGAUCGCCUUGUCCUCACUUUUAUCAAUAGUCCUAAUGAAGAAGAAGGACCAAAGAGUGAAGAAGAAAAAGAUAUGGAACUGUUUGAAGUAGAAAUUGAGAAUUCUGAAGAGCAUGAAGAAGAUGAAGAGGAGGAGGGAACUGAAACAGAAACAGAGGAAGAGGAGUUGGAAGAAGUGAAUGAGAGAGGAGGAGUAGGUAGCGGUGCUGGUAGUGGACAAGUGAGGUUUGUGAUGGAGCAAGCACCAAAAUUGUCAGGUGGGGUGAUAAAUGUGCAUAGGUUAGCACUUAUGAUGAAUAAGCCCAUGGCGUUAGUUAAUAGGAACCCAACAUGGCCUAACAAGUUCGAUGAAAUGGUGAAAUUUGAAGAGGGUGUUGAGGAGGCAGUGAACCCAAUUACCCCAGUGACACAGUCACUCCCACCGCGGCCGCCAGUGUCUCGGAUGAUCCCCAUGCCGACAGGGUCAGCGGCUGCCGUGACAGCAAAAGCAGCAGCAUCGCUUAAUGCUUAUGAGUACUAUUGGAAGCCCAAGCCCAUGACAGCCAUCACCACAACAGCAGCAGCAGCAUCACUUUGUCCCAUGACUCAAAAAUCACAAUCAACAAGGAGCAACGACAACAAUAACAAAUUCAUCCUCUCAAAGAAUUUAAUAUCAAAUGAGAAGCAAGAAUUGCUAGUAUUGAGAGGGAACAAAGGGGAAUACUUAGUUCCUUUGUCAAAGAGUUGCAAGGAGGCAAGGAGGUCUCUUUUGUUUGGGGAGCCCUAUUGCAUUGCCACGUCUUGAUCCACAAAAUUAAAAAAAAAAAAAAAUUAUUUUGAUAUAUAAAAGUAAACCAAACCCAUCAUUGUUACUUUGCUAUUCUAUGCUCCUUUUGUCUCCCUAUUUUCCACUUCCAGUCCUUGGGGUGGAUUUGUGUAGUCAAAUAAAAACAAAAGGGAGAAAUAGAGAACAUAUGCUUUGAUUUAGAAGAUCAAAGAUGACUUAACAGUGUUAUAUAUUUCUAUA